GGUCGUUUCGGUGACAGCUUCUAAGCCGUCUUCACCACCGUACCUUGAUCUAUAGUACUCCUUAUAAGCUUGCAUUCUGAAGUUUGGGAGGGUCCACCGUCCUCCUUGCACCCCACCUCUUAUGAGCCUGUCCAUGAUCAAGUCACUUCUAGCGCCUUUGCUCUUAGUUUCAGCAGCGACAGCCGCUACGCCCAAAAACAUCCUGCUCACUAACGACGACGGAUGGGCAGUGGCCAUCAUUCGUGCUCAGCUCGAUUCUCUCGAUGCGGCCGGUUAUUCGGUGGUUCUGUCUGCCCCUGCUGAGAACGAAUCCGGAACGGGCUCAUCAACUGCUACACCGACUGUUCUAACCCAAGAAUGCGAAUUUAAUACCUGCCCCGUUGGUUCGCCGGCGACGGGGAACAACGCUUCAGACACUCGUGAGAACUAUGUGAAUGCAUUCCCUCUAGACGCAGCCAAGUUCGGUGUACAGACUCUAGCCCCACAAUUCUUCGGUAGCGCACUUGAUUUCAUCGUCAGUGGGCCUAAUGUGGGCAAUAACCUGGGUUCAACUGUGAAUAUCUCUGGCACUGUGGGUGCUGCAUGCGAAGGCUCCAAUCUCGGCGUACCCUCUGUCGCCUUUUCUGCCUCUGGUUCCUCCAUCUCUCAAUCUUCCUACACGACACUCACCUCAAGCCCCACUUCGGCCGACACUGUCAACUCCCUCCUCUAUGCCUCUCUCACAACCAAAUUUGUCAACGUCCUCCUCAGUAGCUAUGCCUCGCCUCUCGUACCCACCGGCACAAUCCUCAACGUCAACUAUCCCACCAUCUCAUCCCCUUGCAACAAACUGGAUGACUUCCGGUUUGUCUUCUCGAGAGUCGCUGCGGAUAGCAGUGUGACAGAUGUGGAGACCUGCGGGAGCGACCAUUUACCUACUGAAACGGCGGUGGUGGAUUCGGGAUGUUUCGUUAGUGUUAGCGUGUUGAAUGCCACUGUUACGUCGAAGAAAGAUGUGGAUGCGGCGACUCAGGCGUUGGCCUUGAAUAGCCUCCAGGCUCUGCCGUUUACUUGCUUGUAG